AUGGCAAUAGAACGACACCCUUUGGUGGUUAGCCGCGUGGUUGGGGACGUUUUGCCACCAUUUACAGCCACAGUUGAGCUCCGAGUUUUUAGUGAAAACGGUAGAAUUAUAUACAAUGGAAGUAGCUUACGACCAUCACAAGUGGCGAGCCGGCCUAGGAUUGAGAUUGGUGAUACCGAUAUUGGCACUUUUUAUACUCUAGUUAUGGUGGAUGCUGAUGCUCCAAGUCCUAGCAACCCACAAUUGAAGGAGUACUUACACUGGUUGGUCACGAACAUACCUGGAAACACUGGACUAGGCUUUGGGAAUGAAGUUGUGAGUUACGAGAGCCCUCGACCAUCGAUGGGCAUCCAUAGGCUCGUUUUGGCAUUGUUCAAACAAGUCGGACAACUGUCAACGGACCCGCCAAAUAGGCGAACAAAUUUCAACACCAUAGAAUUUACUCGGCUCCAUGGCCUUGGCUCACCUGUAGCAGCUGUGUACUAUAACUGCAAUCGAGAAAAUGGCACGGGAGGCCGCAGAGCCUAG